AUGUACGUCAAGGAUAUGUGCAAAAAUAGGGACUUGGAAAAGUGCUCGCGGCUCUUUCGUCCUUGGGAUGUUCAGAACCAGGACUCGACGGUGUCCACCACAACCACAGAAGAUGGCACUAUAUCGGAUGAGAAGCUGGUCAGGGCCAACUCAGACGAACACAGUGAUUCGACGCCAAAAUGUGAAACCAAAUGUGAUAUUACGAAAGAAGGGAAAUCAUUCUUACCUGCCAAUUUUAUGGAAUCUAUUGCGAAUUCUGCCAGCAGUUCUCCGACCGCAUUGACGAUACCGGAUAGGGUUCCACCAUAUCCUGAAUAUGGUUAUUACUCGGAUUUGAUGCAAGCCAACCUUGGCAGUCUGACGCAAAAUUAUUCGUUGGUUCCAAACGAUCCUUUCUUGGUGGAGCAUUUCGCUAACGGAUACGCUCUGGAAGAGUAUGCCAGGGUGCUGGAGCAGGAGCAUCAGGAGAAGGUCUUGAAUGCGAAAAAGAAGAGGCCCAAGAAGUACAAGUGUCCACACUGCGAUGUUGGCUUCUCGAAUAACGGACAGCUCAAAGGGCAUAUCAGGAUUCAUACAGGAGAGAGACCAUUCAAAUGUGACGAAAAAGACUGUGGCAAAACUUUCACGAGAAACGAGGAACUGACGCGGCAUAAAAGGAUACAUAGUGGCCUCCGACCUUUUCCUUGUACGCAGUGCGGAAAAUGUUUUGGAAGGAAAGAUCACCUCAAAAAGCAUUACCGUACACAUUUUCAACCUAAAGGCUUUUAUGCCGUACCAGUUAUGCUGCCUUAUGACGCUUGGACCGGCAGUUUUCCACUUAUGCAGCCUUUACCCAGUUUGUAUUGA